AUGAAAAGUGGCUUGGAAUAUUUUGCAAUCUUUUUGUACAUUAUGGUGAAUAUUUUGAAUAAACAUCAAUAUCAAGCAGUACGUUGUUACGUAUGUGACUAUUGUCCGAUAGUAACGAGUGAAUCAAUAACAAACAAUUGUACAUCUUGCGUGAUGGGUGGUAGUAAUUUUGGAAUUCACAGAAUAUGUUUGUUUAAUGAUACGAUACCCAUUAACUUCCCAAACGAAAAUAGAGAGAAUUGUCCCACUGACUUGUGUAAUGGGAAAACAGUUGAUAACACUGCACAACCUCCACCAGGGCCUAUAGCAAAACCAAUCAGUUGCUAUACUUGUUUGAACUGUACAAAAAGUAACCAAAAGGUUAUUAGCGGUUGUGGUGGAUGUGUGACAACUCAUGGUUCUGGAGUUACUAGUAAAUUUUGUGGACCUACAUGUGAUCAAUUGGAACAUGCGUAUACAGUCGGUUGUUGCUCAACAGAUAAAUGCAAUGGAAUGACAAAAUUAUCUAUUCAUCGUCAUGUUGCCGGUGAAAAUUAUUCAGUACACAGAAUAUGUUUGCAUAAUAAUGCGAUUCCCACAAACUUUCCAAAGGAGAAUCUGAAUGUAUGCCAAUCGGAUCUGUGUAAUAAUCGAAUAAUUGGCGAUCAUCUAAAAAACCAAACAAAUCCUCUAUAUAAUUCAACAACUCAUGGUUCUGGAGUUACUAGUAAAUUUUGUGGACCUACAUGUGAUCAAUUGGAACAUGCGUAUACAGUCGGUUGUUGCUCAACAGAUAAAUGUAAUGGAAUGACAAAAUUAUCUAUUCAUCGUCAUGUUAUUGUUGUUCUGUUUGUUUGCAUGGGAAUCAGUAAAUACAUUCUCUGA